AGAAGAAUAGUGGUGAUGGAAGUGCUGACGUGUUGUAUUUUCUUUCGUUUCAGGGAAUGUGACAAGCUGAACUACCUGGGAGUGCUGGACAAGCUGCUGGAGGGGUACGACAGGCGAGCCACACCCACCAACCACCUCAACAACGCCACAACCGUCAUGUGUGAGCUCUACAUCAGAAGUUUUGGCUCCAUUGACCCGAAUUCCAUGGACUACCAGGUGGAUCUGUACUUGCGUCAGGCAUGGGUAGACAUGAGGCUGAACCACGCCAACCUGACGGAGCCGCUGGACUUGAACGACCCCAACUUGGUGAAGGCCCUGUGGAAGCCCGAGGUGUACUUUCCCAACGCCAAGCACGCAGAGUUCCAGUUCGUGACGGUGCCCAAUGUGCUGGUCCGCAUCAACCCCAUGGGCGAGAUCCUCUACAUGCUGAGGCUGAAGCUCGUGUUUGCUUGCAUGAUGGAGCUCUCCAAGUUCCCGCUGGACUCACAAGUCUGCACCAUGGAGAUAGCGAGCUUUUCCAAGACGAUGAAGGAGCUGAACCUGUCGUGGAAGAAUGACGACCCCAUCAAGAUGUACAAGAACAUGCGGAUGCCUCAGUUCGAGAUGGAGCAGAUCGUGCCCACCACCUGCCAGGAGUCAUUCCAGAUUGGCAACUACAGCUGUUUGGUGGCGGAGUUCCACAUGCGACGCGCCAUUGGGUUCCACCUGGUCCAGAGUUACCUGCCCACCAUCCUCAUUGUGGUCAUCUCCUGGGUUUCCUUCUGGAUGGACGUGGACUCCGUGCCUGGCAGAACCACCCUGGGCGUCACCACUCUGCUCACCGUCUCCUCAAAGUCCUCAGGUAUCCAAGCUGGACUUCCUCAGGUGUCCUACGUAAAAGCCAUUGACGUGUGGAUGGGCGCAUGUACAGCCUUCGUGUUCUGCGCCCUGCUGGAGUUCACCUUCGUCAACUACCUGUGGCGCCGGCGCCCCCAGAUGGAGCUCCGUCUGAGAGGAGGCUCUAACGGCAUCUGUUUGGCUGACCGCUUCCCCAAUCUCGGCACCGGCUUCCCCACGCCCCAGAAGUCCCCCAGCGCCAUGGCCAGCAACACGGAGGUCAAGAUCAGCCAGGCGGGCAGCGGCGGAGCAGUGGUCACCACCCCAGGCAGCAACCCUCCUGGAGGAAGCUCAGACACCCUGAAGGGUGGCUCCUCCCCGUGCCAGGAGGACCCGGCGCAGGUCACGGCCCAGAUCGUGCGAGCCUUCAAGCAAUCCAACAAGAUCAAGGCCCGGCAGAUCGACGAGUACUGCCGCGGCCUCUUCCCUCUCCUCUUCGGCCUCUUCAACAUCUUCUACUGGUGCUACUACAUGCUCUAGGUCCUCUCCCUCGCCUUCAUCUCCUUCUCCUCAACGUCAAUGACUCGGAAAAGAAGAAAAUUUCAAUUCUAACUCUUCGCUUCCAAAACCAAAUAUCGGGUCAAGUUUGCGGGUUGUGAUUCCCGGCGUGAGACACUCGCGGCGGUGUGCGAGGCCACACCCGCGGGACGGAGGUGAGGUGGCGGGAGGCAUACCUGUGGCUGCACGGGUAUGAACUGUGAUUUGCUGAGGCUUUUGUGGCUGAGUGGCAAUGAAUACUGAGUGAAUACUUCAAUGUGAUGCUGCGGCUCGCGGAGAUCCUGGAGGACGGCACGAGACCUAGUGAGGCAGGCCGCCCCCACGCGGAGGGAACCGCAGGUGGGCGAGCCCGGGUCACGAAAGCAACUGCAGUCUUAUUCUAGAUUCAUAGAUAUUUUUGUAUAAAAAUACGUCACUGAAUCUGCCUCCUGGAUCUUCUUAUCUCUGGUGCGCGUUUCUGUCUUCACUCCCACAGAUGUUUGUGUGUGAUGAAGACAAGUAUUAUAUGGACUAUUUGUUAGCGUUAAGGUGCGGCGGCCCGAGCCGGGGACAGCAAGCCCGGCGGUGGUGCGGGCCCCGGCGGGCAGGGCUUGGCGUGGCAGCAAUGGUGGUGAAGCUGCGACAGCUGCGAGGUGACGGCCCGCCACACCUGGCCACCGCGUCCCUGCUGUCCCCGCCCCGCGGCUCCCGGCACACUAUACAUAAGCUUUAUUAUUCAUGUCAGAUUUAGCAUAAGCAAGAGUCGCUCCGCCACGCCCCAAACUCUCUCAACACCCCCUGACAAGAGCCAGACCGAUACGCUUGUAUGCAUGUAUGUGUCGAAACACUUAUAUAUACACAUAUAUAUGCAUACGUGUUAGGAGCAAACAUACACAUACUGUGCAUAAUUCCCGCAAUGUUGUAAAAUAUUUGAUGCAUAAUACAUAAACAUCAAAAUAUAUUAUACACAAAUCUAUGUACAUUAGCUAUACUGUAAUGGUGACGGUGUGUGUGUCGCCCCAAGGCGUGGGUGUCUGUGGUGCUGCACGUGUGUCGGGCGCCGGCCAGCGGCACGACGCCCGAGGCUCGCCGGGCCACGACAGAAUCACAAUUUGGCAUUUCUCGGCAGGCGGUGGACGCACGCGGCGCCCCGCUGGUUGUGUGGCAGCCGCGGCCCCUGCGGGAGAAAAACCAACAGCCUCAGUGAUCCAGCGGUGGACGCGACGCUCCUCACGAUGCCCGAUUCAACAAAGUAGCCAGACCGAGCCGCUACACCGCCACGCCCUCCCAGGAGCGGCUUCCCACACGCCGCCGCUCAAAGAAGUUGCCGCGGCGUGACUUGGGCGGCGCGCUGCGUGGUGCAUUGAGGAUCCUCAUUACCUGGAGAGAAACUGUUAUACUAAUUAUUUUGAAAUAUCUAUUUUCACUAGACGUGAUAAGAUCAUUUUGGCAGUAUUUGCACCAAGAGCGUGGCAGGCGGGGCCAGGCUGGACAGAGCACUGCUGUACAUAAUAUUCUACAUUCUAAAGAGGACAGCCACUGUCAGUCGUUCACGUGCCCGUCCACUUGCCCCGCCGCGCCCGCCCAGUGAGACCCUGCAUAGGGUGCUGUACAUAGUCAUCGCUUAAGGAGCUACCACAUGGCCCACGACUUCCUUCAGCACGUCCAGGAAAACAUUACCGAUGAUCAGAGAUGAGGCAACAAAUUAGCGCAAGGUGAGAACGUUACGUGGUGUGCACGUCAAGGACCAAGCCUUGUCCCAAGGGCGCUAAGGUCACGUGGGAACCAAUCUGGUGCGAUAUCAGCACUGUUACAUCUUUAACAUCUCUGAUCAAAUCGAGACGCUACAAUGGGAAGGCGCCAAUGAUCUGUACUGUGCACCGGCACGCCGUAAUAAGGAAACGCUUGCUACUGUGUAAUCUAACUGAUCCCACUGUACAAAAUAAUCCGUAAUAAGUUCAAUCAAACGGCACGUCAACCACCAGGUGUGCUUGGGCCCGCACUGUGUUAUGGACAACACCGUAAUGUCAAAGGUAACGUUCCGCAGCGUGCCAUCACCUGGGUGGACACGCGGUCACGGGCGUGACGUCACGAUUUUCGAUGCGUGCACCCGAAUGUUGCCCCGCUCGCUGGACGGUUCAAGGAAAGACGCCCCGUGUAAUAGCCCCUUUAGUAAACGCGGCUUCCGGCGGCCUGCCUGCACCCUUCCCCCCUGCUCCACCGCCGCCCGCUGCCACUCCCGCUGCGCCGCUACAGUAGUCCGCACGCAGGGAGAAACACACUGAAGGGCGAGACGCAGCUGUCUGUCACGUGACAAUAACUCUCCCCCAACGUGCAUCAGGAGCUCCGUCAAAGCCUUGCGGUUGGUUUCCUUCUCGUGUCUAGAGUGUCGCCGCCAGCACAGCGUGAGUCGCCGCUCACCGUUGCACACACAAAGGGAACAACACACCGGGCACCACAUAAAGCAUGGUCUUUUUAUGCCCCAAGACUCAGGCAAUGAGUGGCGGGUGCUGCGGCGGCGGGUAGCGGUGGAGUUCGCGUGAAACACACCAACACACCAAUCAACACCCUAACGGCACGGCGCGGGUGUGACGGGCGGGCUGUGAGUACCUGUGCGGGCGGCCCGCAGCCUCUCGUGAGGGAGCGCCUCCCUGCUAUGCCGGUGGUCGCCGCGGCCAGCAUUCCGCGUUCAUUUCAAUACAGUCUUAAAAGUGAAGCUGAAAAAUGACUGACAAAGGGAGGGAAUCCGCUGGCCACUCUAAUGAUGCACUCACCAAACAUUCACAAGCUCUACUCGCUCCCCUGAUCCCCAGCACACAGGCAGACAGGAUGGCUAGUGUAUACGCAGCUUUGCAAGGCAGCCCCGGCAAACCACAGGGGUGCCCUCCCUCGCGCCCCCUGCCCCGCCCCGUCCCGUAGGCCAAGUACCCUCCAGGCCGCCACGUCUGGAUUCCAUCGAAACGUUACAUAGUAGAAUCCAAAUGCAGUUUUUAUCAAAUUUUCAAUAAUGGAAAUAUUCCUGACCCCUGGUUCCCUUCGUUUAGACAGGUGUAGCAGUAGUCGCCCCACGGUCACCUCACUUCUCGUUUUGGCCGCUGUCGCCCAACAAGCCGCUCGUUCCUCAGUUGCUAUUGACGCAUCAUAGACGAGGCAGUGUAGAGUUGCUCUGUGUUAUCAACCAAUAAUAAUGAUAAUUCUAUGGCGCUUCCUAUCGUAGACUAUUUUCUCAUCGCCUGGUUUUUCCUUCUCUCCUGUUUUAGGUCACAACAGAAUCAGCCGCCACAGCUGCCCUUGGGAUGGGUUACAUUAAGUUAGGUUUCCUUACACUGUAUUUAAUUAGAUAAGGUGUGCGACUAGGUCAAGUUACCUAACCUAACAGAACAUGACCUUAUCUAACCUAACCUAACCUGACCUAAAAUAACCGACACCAAACGUAGCUAGGGUAACUGAUCUUCCCGUGACUGAUCUCCUGUUCCCAUACGUUCUGUACAGAAUUCCUGGCCCUGCAUUUCGCCUACGCACCUGCCCCGCGAUCCUCUCACACCCAGACGCUGUGUACUACGGAUAGAUCAACACCCACGCUUACCUUGGUGGGGUAUUAUGUCAUUCAGCGCUUUAUAUAUAUAUAUAUAAAUAUACUUAUACACACGUACGUACACUACUGCAGUAUUACUAACGCUAUUCUCUCUCUCGCAUCCAUCACUCGACGUCUCUCACGGCUUCAGGAGUACAAAACUAUAGUAACAGUCCUUUGUCAUGAAAAAAUAAUUGAAAAAACUUGAAAACAGACGCUAAUGAUUGCUAAUAACAUAUGUGCACUUACACACACACACACACACACACACACACACACACACACACACACACACACACACACACACACACACACACACACUCACAAAUCCAGACAUGAUCUGACCUAACCUGACCUUUUUCCUCUCCCUUAGAAGCUCGUAUGUUUUAUUUCUUUUCUUUACUGUAUGAGACGAAAAGUACCCAACAGUGCCAAAACAAAUGUUGUUCAAAUAAAGAUUGAAGACAAUAAUUUCCUCCCCUCCCCCCCAAAAAAAAUCGUACUGAAAUCCUAAAAUAAAUAAAAACAAAAAAUAAUUAAUCCUCCCAGAGGAAAUGCAGUAACUCGGCCCUAAUGAACCUUACUUCUCCCCACAUAAAAAAAAAAAAAGUAGAAAUAUAAACAACAAACAUAAUUCACUUCCUGUAACUCCCGAUAUCAAAAUAAAACCUUACAAAAUGCCUGCCCAAAGCCAUCCCUCGUAAUACUGGCGCCCUGUCUCAGGUAGCGGAGCACUGCCUGACAAGCACCUGACUCGCGCCCUUGUUCUCCUUUAGGCUAAAAUUGGGCAACGGCAGGAAGGCAGUUAGUGUUAUCCAGCCCCGGUGCUCGCUGACAUUGGCUAUAUUCAGCUCCCCACUGCCAAGCCUUCCCCGCUCUCCCCUUCCCCCUCCCUCCCUCCCCUCCGUGAAUGGCAUGGUAGCAGGAGGAUGACAGACACGAGGCGACAGACAGACAGGUGUGUGUGUGUGCAUGUGUGGUGACAGGUGAGCUCCCUCAUUCAUCACCACGCAAACAACAUCCUCCUGCCUUGUUAUAAAAUUAGUGAUAGCGUUUCAUCAACAGAUGGAACACAACACACAACAAAAAUUACGUACUUCAACUACUGUUACUACUACUAUUACUACUAUAAUUGAUGCACACCUAUACCAGAAACAACACUUUCAUUCCAACUCGCUUUCAAAUUCAACACAACACCACCGUAACAACAAAAACAACACCGUCAAUAGAAACAAAACAACAGCGUCAACAAAAAAAAAAACUAGCAAAACAUCAACAAAAACAUCAGUAACGACAAAACAUUAACAGCAGUAACUACAAAAUUAUAACAAAAACAAAGCAAACAUCAUCAACACCAACAAAAAACAAUAACAACAAAACACCAUCAAAACAACAAAACACAAAGAUAACAACAAACAAAAACAACGAAAGGCCAACACAGAACACCCUCACCCGCAGCACUCUACACAAACACCACAACACCACAGCACACAACACCACAGCGCACAUCGUAACACCACUCUAGCGUCCGUUUACCGUUCUGCCGCGGCCACACGUACCAGACGCUGACCUGACUUGACCUGACUUCAAUUGGUUCCCUCUCUCUCCUAGCAUCUCAAGGCGGCUCCUCAAUGGACACCUUUCGUAUUUACCUUCCAAUAAAUUUCAUGAAUACGGCGCCAAGUUCUUUUAUCCUCUAAUAAUGAAUAGUUUCUUUUAUAAUUAGACCUUUUCAAAACAUGCACUACAAGAGGUUAUAUUCUACUGUCAUUUUAUUGAAGAGGAAACUAUAGUAGGUUCUGUAUUGGUUACUUAUCCAUGAGAAUUGUAUGUAUAAUUCAAUAAAGCAAUGACUGAC